GUUUUUUGUUUUUUGUUUCUUGUUUUAAUUAUGAUUCCAUUUUUAUCAUCAAUUUCAUUUGGUAGAUUAAAUUCUAAAAUUCUCUACAAUGUUCUGGCAUCAUCUUUUCAUAAUAAUCACCACAUACAAUGUAGAUCAAUUCAUCAGGAUGAUUCUAUGAAUGAUAGUAAUCAAGAUGAUGAUCAUGACCUGUUGAACGAUGUAUUUCAAUAUAAUCUUCUUGUGGAUUUAUCACCAAAAAAUGUUGUUGUCAUUAUGCCUCGAAUGAAAAAAGGUGAUCUUUAUAGAAGUCAUGAAAAUGGCCAACUAUUACUUGAUGAAACGGUAACUUUGGUCAAAACGAUUCCAUAUUGGAAAGUUGUUGGCGCUCAUAUGAUAUCGACCAGUGCGAUUGAUUCUGAAAAAAUUUUCGGAUCAACAAAUCGAAAUCAUCUUCGUGAUUAUGUUCGACAGGAAUCAGCGGAUGCUGUUGUUUUUGCAAUCAAUGUUUUGCGGCCAAGACAACAUCAUUUUUUUCGUAAUUUUUUCGAUGUUGAAGUCUAUGAUCGAUUCUCAACCGUAUUGAAAAUAUUUCGUGAACGAUGUUCAACUAAAGAAGCUAAAUUACAAUUAGCAUUAGCGGAAUUAGAAUAUGUAAAGAAAAAUUUACAUCAUUUACAAGAAUGUGAUUUUAGUCAAUUUUCAUUUUCAAAAAGUUUUGGUGGAAAUUUCGAUACAUUUUAUCAGAUUAAAAAACAAAUAAUACAAGAACGAGAAUCUCGUUUGAAACGAUCUUUAUCGACGGUAACCAAUGCUUAUGAGAUUAAACGAAAAAAUCGUACAACAAUGGAAAUACCAACGGUAGCUGUGGUUGGCUAUACAAAUUCCGGCAAAACAUCAUUAAUCAAAGCUCUAAGUCAUGAUACUAGCCUUCAACCAGAAGAUCGUCUUUUUGCCACAUUGGAUGUCACAACACAUCAAAUAACAUUACCAUCCAAAAUGAAAGCAUUGUUAAUCGAUACAAUUGGUUUCAUAUCGGAAAUACCAACAACAUUGGUACAUUGUUUUCGUUCAACAUUACGUGAAAUUUGUACAGCAAAUCUUAUUGUUCAUGUUGUCGAUGCAAGUCAUCCUAAUCGUUAUGAACAAAUUAACACCGUACAUCAAACAUUAAAAGAGAUUGAAGUUCCAGAAAAAUUAUUACAAACAAUGAUAAAAGUAUCGAAUAAAGUGGACAAAUUAUCCAUUCCAAUCGACAAUAUUGAUGGCAUAGCCAUUUCGGCUACUGAAAGAAUCGGUUUAGAUAAAUUGGCCAGACAAAUACAAAAAGGUCUUAUUGAAAAUACCGAACGAUUAGCAUUUGAAAUGCGAGUUGCUAAUGGUGGUGAACAAUAUCAAUGGCUAUAUCGUGAAGCGUCGGCCAUUGUCGAAAUGAAACCUGAUCCUCACGAUGCAAAUUUUUUGAUCAUGAAAGUAUUGAUAACCAAAUCGAAAUUUGGUAAAUUUGUUAAAUUAUUUCAUGCUAAUCUUAAUAGUCAAUGAUGAUUGGCCAAUGGAUGUAUAUCACCUUUUUUUAUUUAUUGCUAUUAUCCUCAUUGCUUGACACACUAGUCGAUCGAUAUCUAUUUGAAAAAAAUGAAAAAUCAAUUUAUACAAUUUA